AUGGCCAGCUCUUCAAAUAUGGCCGUCUCAUCGGGUAGCGGUGAUGGAGGUGGAGGAGAAGAACGUGAAGACGGAUGCCCCAAGAGAUUGUUCAACCGAGAGAGCCUCCCCACUACCAGCGAUGAUUCGGAUGCAUCUAUUGAUGAGCAUGGACGUGAUCGUCGUGACAGUGAAGGGGCUUCAUCUUCGGGUGGAUCUCAGCGCUCUGGUUGCUUGAAAGCAAGAAAGUCUCGCCACGAGGGUAGCAAGAAACUACCUGUGCAACAGGUAACUUGGUCGUUUUCUGCAAAAACACAACCCGUGCAUUCACAACCACCAGCGCCGAAGAAUUACGUUACCAAGCAAAAUUCUUCGUCAUCAGGCCCCGUUCGCAAAUCGUCACUCGUCGGUGGCCAUGGUUCAACUUGCUCUUCGGGUAAUGUCAGUCCUUCGGAAUCACCGGCUCGAAAUCCAUUCUCUCAGCAAUCUUCUCAGGAUCUUGCUGAGCGUACUCUCACACCGCCUCUGCCUUGCCUCAAGGUUAAAACAGGAUCCAAGAAGGAGGGCCGCUCACAACGCAGCAUGUCUUUGGGUGGACCUGCUCAUGAUGCGCUGAUGUGUUCUUUGGCGCAGCGACAUGGUACUGUGACAGUUGAUUUGAACUCUGAUUCAGAGGAUAAAGUGUGUCUUCUCGUUGACAAUACCCGCUUUUUGAUCAGUCUGAAGACUUUGCUCAAACACCCAGAAACGAUGCUCGGUCGUAUGUUUUCCAUGCGUAAUUCGGUUGAAGGGCAUGAUCUCGUUCCUGCUAAUGAAUCAGGGGAAUUCGAGGUAGCUGAUGUGUGCAAUGCUCAUGUAUUUCGUGCAAUCUUGGAGUUUUACACAGAUGGUAUUAUUCGAUGUCCCACACACGUUUCUGUCUCAGAACUUAGAGAGGCAUGCGACUACUUUUUGGUGCCUUUCAAUUCGCGCACAGUUAAAUGCCAGAAUCUCCAUGCACUGCUGCACGAACUAUCUAAUGAAGGUGCUCGAAUGCAAUUUACCCGUUUCCUCGAGGAGAUAAUUUUCCCACAAAUGGUUGCUAGCACUGAGCAUGGCGAACGCGAGUGUCAUAUUGUAGUGCUUCUGGACGAUGACGUUGUUGAUUGGGAUGACGAAUAUCCGCCUGAUUUCCGAAUGACCGGAGAGGAUACUACACAUGUUGUGUACAGCAGUCAUCUAUACAGAUUUUUCAAAUAUGCCGAGAACCGCGACUGUGCAAAACAGGUGUUGAAGGAGCGCGGUCUGAAAAAGAUUCGUCUUGGGAUGGAAGGCUAUCCAACACACAAAGAAAAAGUAAAGAAGCGCUUCAAUAAAGCAGAAGUGAUCUACAAUUACGUUCAACGCCCAUUUGUCCAUUGCUCAUGGGAAAAAGAGGAAGCACGCUCUCGUCACGUUGAUUUCGCUUGCCCGAUUGUAAAGUCAAAGUCUAAUCCUUCUUUGGCCGCAGCAGCUUCGGAUCCUCUCCCUCAACCAGCGCCUCUCCAGAUUGCUGCUGCUCUUCCAAAUCACGCAAAUGCUCUUCUCGCUGUAGUACAACCUCAACCGGGUCCAUUACAUUCACCGCCCGUUCAGCCGCGAAACCGUGAUGAAGCC